UUUUGCAAACUUAUAUAUACCUCUACUGCGUUAUAUUUAUCAUACAGUGUAUAUUUAUUGUUACAAAAUGAAGAGGAUAGAUUUUCUACACGGAGUGAUAUAUUUAUCUUUCAUUAUCCUGUCUCCAAUUGCUCUCAAUGUCUAUUUGGACGAACCUACUUAUAUAGACAUUACCCAUGAAAAUUCAUUCUAUAGAGAAACAACAGAACCCGUUCGUGCUUACAGAACAUACAGAUUGUAUUUAUUAUCUGUAUACAGUUUUUUGUCCAUUAUAAUAUUUUCAUUAUUACUGGACCCUAUCGCUAGACGUGUUUCAAGACUUCAGAUAGGAUGUUACCGUCCUCACUUGAUUUACCACAGUAUGGUCAGUCUAAUUCCGGUCGUUAUAAGAUAUGUGAACAUGAACAACGAGGUACAGGAUGACGUUAUGCUGCAAAUACAAUGGAAAAACCUUUAUAUAAUUAUUCUAUCAGUUGUGCGUUUUAUUUGUGCUUUCAUGAUAUCAAUAGCUCGAAGAUACAAACUAUGGAGAUUGCUUUUAUAUAUAUUAAUCACAAUUGUUCAUGCUGUUAUUAUUUUUAACGUUAUAUACAAUCUUUGCUCAACUUCUCUGGGUCUCCUAGAAGUCAUAAAAGAAAGUAGAGGGAAUUUCUUAACAAAAUGGUCUCAUGUUGAUCACAAACAAUUACCAGGAAAUUCAUCUGAGCUUAACGUAAGUAAGAUGAACUUAAUCUAUAAUUUUCUCUCUUUGGAUCAUAAUCUUUUCCUAAAAACGGGAGAGAAAAAGUACAUGUAUCAAAGUAAACCUCAACUAACACAAUUUAAAGAUCGAGGUGGACAAAUACCUCCAUAUCAACGCGAAGUGCAUGUUAUAAGUACAGGAGAAAGUUUCAGCCUAUCAUGUAGCGCUCUUUUGAAUGGAACUUGCUCAGUACGCGUUUUCUGGACUUCAAGGGGAAGGAAUGUAACUUCGAUCAGUAGUCAAAGCAAAAUAACAACCGACUUCCAGAGGGUUCUAGGCAAUCAGAUGUUUGUGAAAAGUACCCUUCAAUUUGAUGCCAUAAAAAAUUCAGACUUUAGAAAAUAUAGUUGUUCCUUUCAUUAUGAAGAUUUUUCCAGUGAGUCGUUCUAUUAUCAGAACAACAAAGCAAGUGCAUUUAUGAUGGAUUUUGAAUAUCUCAUUGGCCAGUACCGCAUAAAAAAAUACAGAGGGGAAAAUUUCUUUGUAUAUGCGUCACCGGGUAGUGUUGUUAACCUUGAAUGGGGGCCGAUGUCUUUUAAGAGUGAACGCAGUGACAUUACGCAGUAUUAUUAUGUUAAUGGUGUCCCUUACUCGAAAGAAGAAAAAAGAGAAAAUGGAAGGUGCUCUGCGUUUUCGUAUUUAUAUUUUUUGUAUGGAAAGGCAAUGAAAUGGUUUACUGUUCCCGAGUUCUCUUCAUCUUCGGAUAUUUUACUGAACCGUUUAGAUACAUACGAAACACACUUUCUUGGGUGCGCAGAUGAGAGGUUCUUUGGAGUUCACAGAGUUGAUUAUUUACGUCGAAUUUACGACGAAAAAUCCCGAGCUUAUAUCUAUAUUGAAGUACAACAUCCCGACACUCUGAUUGUUCUGCCUGAUCAGCCUUAUUUCCUCAAGAUGGACAACACAACAAAGGCCGACAAAGAGAAGAUCAUACGGAAAAUUCAGCAGUUCAACAUGAAAUAUACAUGGUUUGAGAACACUCAUAAAGGGAUACUAGUGGUGCGUCUUAUCAUUGAAGUUUUAAUCCUCCUUUUUAUAAUUAUUUCUCUAACAUAUGUGUUACAUAAAAUAUGGCAUUUCUACACACGAUGUGUAAUUCAGCCAAUAAGGAAUGUCUCUUUAGGAAGCCCAAUACUAGACAAGUCAGAGAGCAAUAUUGUUGAAUUUCUUAAAGAAUACUCAUGCUACGUAGUUUCUUGUGACAAUGAUAAAGAAGUUGUGUACAAUAGCCUCGUUCUUCCUUUGAGAGAGGAAAAUAUAGCAACAGGAUUUAUUUUCGAAGAAUGUAAUAUAAACAAAAGUGGGAAAUCUCGAUUUGACAUUCAAAGCGACAUUAUCAAACAAUGUGAAAACCUGAUUUUUUACGUAACAUCUUCAUAUUUGAAAGAAGAAGCGUUUCUAGGCAUUCACCUAGAUACUGUUCUUCAGUGUAUUCAGAUGGAGAACAUAUCUCCAAACAGUGUGCUGAUUAUAUUCUCCGAUUCCUGUGAAUUACCAGAUAAAUUACGAUAUAACUUACCGGAAGCAGUUAUACAUGACUGGAUAAAAAGUACAGAUCAUAAAGAACGACUAGAUCUAAUACUCAAGUGGAUUAAAAAGAAAAAGGCAAGAAUGCCACGUGAGGUAGUGGUGUCAACAGUUUUUCUUGGAUGAAGAAAAAUGAUGUGUAAUGAAAGAGGGAUUUAUUUUGGAAAAUAAUGAAAAUGAUUAGUAUUGGAAAGUACGCUUUAUGAUCAACUUAAUAAUUCCCCAUGUAGAAUGCG